CCCUUCGGAGAGUGCUGCCCCAUCUGUCCCGACACCGAUGCCUCUCCAGUCUACCCAGAAAGCGCUGGAGUAGAGGGUCCUAAGGGAGACACCGGCCCCAGAGGAGACAGAGGACUCCCUGGUCCCCCUGGCAGAGAUGGCAUCCCUGGACAGCCUGGCCUCCCGGGACCCCCAGGCCCUCCAGGUCCUCCAGGCCUUGGCGGAAACUUCGCUCCUCAAAUGUCCUAUGGCUACGACGAGAAAGCUGGCGGCAUGGCCGUGCCUGGCCCCAUGGGUCCCAUGGGUCCCCGUGGUCCAGCCGGCCCCCCUGGGAAGAACGGAGAUGACGGUGAAGCUGGAAAGCCUGGCCGUCCUGGAGAGCGUGGUCCUCCCGGCCCCCAG